ACAAAUCUAGAUAAUGAUAAUCGUGUGUUGAGCUACCAAGGAGUAAACAUAAGAGCUGAACAUUUUUAACGUUUGCUGUAAUUUGUGAAGUUAGUAAUCUUUCGCUUGAAGUUGAAAAGCGUUAGCCAAUUGCUAUUUACUUCCGCUGUUUUCACAUUGCGUCAAUAGCCACUUUAACGUGUGAAGCCACGCGGUUUCUUAUUUAGCUGUUUAAGACUGUCACUGUUUAUAUAUUACGUAUAAUUCAGCGUUAAAAUGAGCUCUCAAAAAGGAAAUAUUUCCCGAUCGCGAGGCCAAAAACACCAGAAUGUAACAGCCUUCAAAAACGACAAGUACGGUGCAACCGCACAAGUUAAGAAAGCCAAAGCAAAGGUUCAUGAUGGUCUGUGCCAGCACUGCAAAGAUGUGCUAGAGUGGAAAGUCAAGUACAGCAAAUACAAGCCCCUUACACAGCCACGAAAAUGCGUGAAAUGUCUUCAGAAAACAGUGAAGGAUGCCUAUCAUAUUAUAUGCAAGCCAUGUGCACUAAAGCUGGAGCUUUGUGCAAAAUGUGGGAAGAAGGAAGAGAUUGUCAUUCCUCUUGACAAGGAGGAGGAACAAGAGGUAGAGGACACCAGCAAGCCAAAUAAAGGGAAAAAGCAGAAGAAAAGAGAUGAUGAGGAGGAGGAGGAGGAUGAUGAAGAUUUUGAUGACAUGGGCAUUAGCAAUGAUGACUGUGAUAGUGAUUCAGAGGCGGAAGGAAAUUGACAUUUGCAGUCUCCUGUAUGCAUUACCUAAGAACAGUAUAUCUAGGGAAAAACAUAGCCUGAGGCUGGGUUUUGGACGUGUAUUCACCUGUGUAUCUGCUGUUAAUUGGGGAGAGACUCCCAGGAGGUGUUUCCCUGUUGGCUGUAGUGAUUGUUUGUUUCCAUCUAGAUUCCAUACUGUGAUGUUGCACAAACUGACACAGUCAUAUGCCACAACCCUCUGUCUUGUUUUUUUAAAUCAGCACAAGCGUUUUAAUAGCAUUCGUGUUAUUAAUGAAUGACUGAUUCAUAUAGAGAAGCUGUGUGAAUGAAAUAUGUUUUAUAAUCAUAUGAAGCACAUUUGGUCUUCUUGUAAACAGAAACAUUUGUCUUUUUGUAAACAGAAAAACAGAAAUAGAAAGAGCUGAUGAAACAGGUCCAUUUAAUAAAAGACCUACAAGCAAAUGUUGGCUUUGGACGGCUGUCUGUUUAGAAAAUACUAGGGCUGUCAAUUUAACGUUAACUUAAU